AUGAAAUACCUCAUCGUCUUCGCUUUGGUUAUCGUUGCUGCCGUUGCAUUACCAGCAAAUGAUGUCGAAUUACUCAAAUCUGCAUUCGUGAACGAACUCAACUCAUAUAACUUCGCUUAUGAACAAAGUGAUGGACAGAAACGUGACGAAGAAGGCACAGUUAAGAACAUUGGAAGCGAAGACGAAGCCAUCUCAGUCCGUGGAUCAUUCUCUUUCGUUGCUGAUGAUGGCCAGACAUACACAGUCACAUAUGUUGCUGACGAGAACGGUUUCCAACCAUCAGCUGCCCAUUUACCAGUUGGCCCAACUGCAUAA